CUGAAAAUUUCCUGUAAAAAAACAGCGACACUCACAGACUUAAGUCAGUGGAGAGGAACAAAGCCCGUACUGCUACUAGCGACACGAACUUGAUCUCAAUUCAGAUAUAAGGGAUAUAAUAACGUUUGCUACGUUGCUUAUAACUGACGAUCUUUGAAGAAAAAUAUAUCCUGCACGGCUCCACAGUCACACUAGCGUGCCUGUCUUUCUCUGCCCGUCCUUCUGUUGUGUGUGUGGGUUAGGUAGCUCUCCUGGAAACAUGGCUCUGCUGCACUCAAAUAAACAACUUCUGUUUGCCGGGGUCGCACUUAUUUCAUUUAUAGGUUGCCUUAACCCUGUGUUUGCUGUGACAUUUGAAGUGAAGAAUGGAAACAAUACCUGUAUAAUGGCUGAGCUGUCAGCCAACAUCUCUGUCAAGUACGCAAGAGUUGACAAGCAAAUGAACACAGUCUUGGUUGCCCUUCCUGACAAUGCCACAGUAGAUAACAGCAGUACAUGUGGCAAUGACACAGUAGCCUCCUUGCUGGUGGUCCGCUUUGGAGAUGGCCACUCCCUCAGCCUGAACUUCUCUCGAAACGCCUCCGAUUACCAGGUGGACACCCUCUCGGUCACACUGAACCUGAGUGACAGUGCAGUCUUUGUCAAUUCAAGUACUAAAGCACCAAUUACCGUGUCCUCAAAUUCUACUGGAAUCCACGCUUCAUUGAACACCACCUACAGAUGUAUGAGCGCGACCCAGGUGACCCUGACCAAUGUUAAUGUCACAUUCAGUAAUAUGAGGGUGGAGGCUUACCUGCCAGCUUCUAACUUCAGCAAAGAAGCCACUGUUUGCAAUGCGGAUAUUAGCACUAGCACCCCAGCUCCAAAAACCACUCCGGUAACCACGGCAACCACCGCCCCCCCAGCACCAACCACGGCCCCGACAAAUCCCACAGCAGGAACAUACAAUGUAACCAUAUCCAACGAGACGUGCCUGCUUGCUAAAAUGGCUCUGCAGCUUAACAUCACCUACCAGAACAAAACUACUGUUUUCAACAUCAAUCCUGUAACGACUGUAGCCAGCGGGGUCUGUGAUACUAAUAUUUCAACACUGUUUCUGAGGGAUGGCAGCACCAAUUUGACUUUCGUGUUCAUGCUUAAUGACACUAAGAAAUUCUACUUGAGUGAAAUUGCUGUUGCCACGUCUGAUGGAUUCAUAGCCGACAAUAAAAAUCUGACCUACCUAAGAGGCACUCUUGGCAGAUCCUACAUGUGCAGCGCUGAACAAACCCUGACUGUCACCUCUGUGUUUUCUAUCAAUGCAUUUCACCUGCAAGUUCAGCCUUUUGGUGUCAGCAGUGGCAAGUUUGGAACAGCGGAGGAGUGUCAACUGGAUGAGGACAACAUGCUGAUUCCUAUAAUAGUGGGUGCAGCCCUGGCUGGACUGGUCCUGAUAGUUCUGAUUGCUUAUCUCAUUGGCAGAAAGAGAAGUCAUGCUGGAUAUCAAACCAUCUAAUUCAGCGCAAAGAUAAAGUGAUGUUGCCUCAUGUUUAUCUACCACUAUUACUAACAAAGCUUUCGCAAGAAGUGGGUACAAGAUCCAAAAUCAUAAGUGAGCUUAUAAUUGGUUUACCGGUAAUAAUCUGCUUCUUGACAAGUGCUUUCUGCUGUUAUGUAUUUGAAGUCUGUAGUAUUGUCCUUUACUAAGUUAGAGGAUUGUACUGAAAUUCUUUUUAAAUAUAGCUUUUGGACACUUUUCUCUUUUUUUUAAGAUAAUUCUAACUCUGCAUUAAGGUAACCUUUUUUUUUUUUUUUUCUUUAUGUAGAGAUUUUUUUCCCCCACGUAAGUCUUGCUUCCUAUCUGUGGUUUUGUAAAUGACAAUACUGCAUGUGCUUAUGAGUCAGUAACCAUUCAAAAUUAAUUCUGUUAAACUAACUGACAAUGUUUAAUAUUAAUUACAAAAAGGUAAUCAAUUGCGUUCCUGCUAAAAAAAAAAAAAAAAAAAAAAAAUUAGACAAGCGCACUUACUUUUAAUUUGUAUAUUGAACAGAGGAUAUAAAAUUGGCAAAACAUUAAUAGUAGGGUAACAAUGCAAUAUUUCUAUUCAUGCCUUGGAACUGCUCGUUGCAUAAAAUAUAAUGCUUAUUUUGGGGGGGGUUUACCCUUGUUAGAAGCUUAAUUAGGGAGUAGUUUCUAUUUAACAGUUACAACUUGUGUCUUCCUUUUCUUUGUUCUAAAAGCAGAAUGUUCUUUUUUCCUGGUUAAGUUUUGGGGAAUUCUUUGUUUCGGUAGAUGUGGUGUACAGUGUCAUUUCUCUGAUAUCCGCUGAUCAUCUUGCUGUGGUAAAGCUUGUUGGGGUUGUUCAACAUGUUUUGGGGGAUUUGGCUCUUCUGGUCUAUGCAUUGCCUAUAACAAUGCUAAUAAAGGAGAUUGCAUUCAAAAAAAUAAAUACAUUUGUUUACAAGGAGCCAGGAUGCUCUGGGAGAAAAAAGGGAACCUUUUCUCAAUCUGAUAAAAUUAUUUAAAAAAGACAUUUCAUUGAUUUUAUUCCUGUCUACCUGUAUUUGUGGUAGCUAAGUACAUAAGGAAUAAAUUGUAAAUGCUGACAAACUCCAUUUCUAUCCAUGCUUUGAGUUUUUACAUAUGGAUUAAGCCACACAACGAUUUGAUAUAAACUAGGCCAUCUAAGUGCUGUUCUACUACUACAGUAUAAUGCAUGUAAAUAAAAACCAGAACUCUGGGGUCUGUAAGAGAAUGAUGACAUAUCUCUACCCUUGUUUUUAACACAUACAAGUUAUACAACUCUUGUUAUCUGACUAAGUUCAGUACUUUAGAUACAAUAUUGGCACACAAAGAAAAUCAAUAAAUGAUUUGCAUCCUAAUGAAGUAUUUGAUAUACAGUGUGAUGAUGUAUUGUCUCGUAUGUGCAGUAGUUUGGUUUGGUGAUGCAGUUUCUCAAUCCCCACCCCCCUUCUUGAAGCUGUACAGGGCUGCUUUACAGUUCUGCCCUUUUACUGCACUAACCCAUGCUUGGAUGUGUUCCUGUAGUGCUGAUUUUUAAUUUUUUUUUUUUUUUAUUAGCAAUUAGGGAAACAUUUAAACAGCUGCCUCACAUGGUGAAUACACAACUACAGUAUGGAAAAAAUCAUCUUAUCUAAGAAAUGUCUGGGAUUUUGUAAAUUAAAAUGUUUCCUAUUUGUGCUUUCUAGGGUUCUGUUUUCAAAGGGGUUCAUAUAUCUGUCUACCUUUGCUUUCUAUAGUUGGGCUUUUCUUAUUUUGCUUUUAAUAAAUAAGGUAUUGACUACUGUCUGAGGGUUGCACAGUGCUAAGUACCUGAUCUUGUUUAUAAAGUGUUGCUUUAUAAAGUGAAUAGUUCUGUCAUUACUGAACAGCAGUUGGCACCAUAAAUAACACCGGUACUCUGCUAUAAAGUUUUGUGCAGAGAGCCUGUUGUAUCCUAGAAUAAUUGUGCACUUAACAGGCUUGGUGUAACAACAAAAAAUAAGUUGCUAUUGGUUACAGCAGCACACCUUGUCCUGGAAUUCGGUCCCCGCCUACAGCACAAUCUGUGUUGUGUUUUUUCACAAACAAACUGUAGUGAAGCAAUGUGGAGAACAGGUAUAGAGCCUGAGUUCAUGUUGAAGCAUGGUGGAUCUAGCCUGUUUUAAUUCUUGCAGUAAAUAUUUCAUGUGACUAGUGUUUUUUGUUUUUCUAUUAUAAGGCUAAGCUUAAAAUGAGUUGCAUUUUUCUUAAUUAACCCUUGAUUUGCUGUAUGUCUAGGAUGCAGUGAUGCAAUGAUCCCAGAGCUGUUCUCCUUGCUUGUGUUUAUACACUGUAACUUUUGUUGUUUUAAAAAGAGAAACUGUGUGAAACUUGGCACAAGUAAAUAAAUACAUCCUUUUACAGGUGGUAACCACA